AUGUUUUCCAAGAGAAGACACAAUAGGGUUGUAUCUUGCGAUUUAAAUAAAGAAAAUGCUAUUUCUAUUCCAACUUCUAUAGGAAAAGACACAUCACAUUGAUCGUUUUGCAAAGCUCCACGAUUCAGAAACUUCAAGAUUGAGAACUCUGAAAUGUAUAACUUACCUACUACUUUUAACAAAAGAUCAUGCUCAUUUGGAUAUGGCCGGCGCUACGAGCUUAAAAGUGCCCAAGGCAAAGAUUCCCCAGCUCCUGGAGCUUAUAAUCCUCCUACUUGUUUUGAACUAGCUAAGAGAGCACCUUCAUUUGGCAAACGAAGCCUAAGUGGCGUCCCACAAAAUUUGCCUGGGCCAGGAGCUUAUAACCCAUAUAUCCUGAUCCCAGCUUUGGGAUUGGGCUUGACUGACCUCAGGAGGCUUCAAAUGGAGAGCUGACGAGCCAAAUUUUUGCUGGCAAAGUCCCUAGAUGACAAAUCUCCAAUAUCAAGAGGAUUUUCCAUCUAGGAAGUUUGGUUCGUCAACUCCCAUCUGACAUCUGGAACCGCCAGACAAGCCCGAUCCAAAGCAGAGAUUAGGCUAUAUAGUCCUAUCGGAAAAAAAGCUCCGAAAUUUUCGUUUAGCCCAAGAAUUGAAAUAAAAUACCGAGCAUCUUCUCCACCUCCAGACACUUAUAAUCCUGUAUAUAGGCUUGUCGAAAAUUCCAGUUUUUCUGAUAUAAGUUUUGGAAAAGGUGAAAAAGGGUGAAAUAUUUUGCCCAAAGUUGAAGAAAAGCCAGGACCUGGAAGCUAUGAUUUACCUAGUGCUUUUAGGUCAAAUACUUCUUUUGACGUUUACAGACCGCCAAUGAGAGGACUAUCGCCUCAAAUUUCAGCCAGAAGAGCCUCAGAAAAAGAAACUUAA